UUCAGGUUUGGUCAUUGUUUUUGUUCUGAAUUCCUGACUCUUGACUCCUACCUUCUUUUGCUUCCAUUUUGGUCUGCAAAUGAAGUGCUUUCAUUUCACAAACGGAGAGAGGCGAGGAGAUGAGGAAGAGGGAGUAGUAAGGGCUUCGAGGGUGUCAUGGGCACGCUCACUCAGCCUCAUGGAUACACGCAGGUCCGAGUUUGACUCCGAGUCAAGGGACUUCUCCGACACGGUUGGGUUCCACGAGUUCCUGUCGCAGCGGCGAGCCAACCACCUCCGAAUCUUCUCCUUCUCGGAGCUUAAAUCCGCUACACGUGGCUUCAGCAGAGCCCUCUUGAUUGGAGAGGGAGGCUUUGGUUGCGUCUACAGAGGGUUUCUUAAUCACAAUCAUCGUUCCCAAAUCGAUGUUGCUAUCAAGCAGUUGAAUCGUAAUGGCCACCAGGCAUGCUUUUGCAUUUCUAGUUUUCAGGGGCAUAGGGAGUGGAUUAAUGAAGUGAACUUAUUGGGUGUAAUCAAGCAUCCAAAUCUGGUGAGGUUAGUGGGUUACUGCGCAGAAGAUGAUGAAAGAGGGAUUCAAAGACUUUUGGUGUAUGAGCUUAUGCCUAAUAAGAGCUUGGAAGACCAUCUUUUGGCUCGAGUUCCAUCAACACUCCCAUGGACGACUAGAUUAAAGAUUGCUCAAGAUGCUGCUCGUGGUUUGGCAUACCUUCAUGAAGAUAUGGAUUUUCAGCUAAUAUUUCGAGAUUUUAAGACGUCCAACAUCUUGCUUGAUGAGGACUUCAAUGCAAAGCUUUCUGAUUUUGGACUUGCUAGGCAAGGACCCUCAGAAGGGUUUGGCUAUGUUUCAACAGCAGUUGUUGGCACCAUAGGUUAUGCUGCGCCAGAGUAUGUUCAGACUGGUAAGCUGACUGCUAAGAGUGAUGUGUGGAGCUUUGGUGUAGUUCUUUAUGAGCUUAUCACUGGGAGGAGAGCUGUUGAAAGAAACCUACCAAAAAAUGAACAAAAACUUUUGGAGUGGGUAAGACCUUAUGUUUCUGAUCCUAGGAGGUUCAAUCUUAUUGUAGACCCUCGACUUGAAGGACAGUAUUGCAUCAAAUCAGCUCAUAAACUUGCUACCCUAGCAAACAAGUGUCUCAUGAAGCAGCCAAAGUCCCGUCCAAAAAUGAGUGAGGUGGUUGAGUUUCUUGGAAGCAUUAUUAAUGAGACAGUUCCUCAGGAUGAAUAUAUUUCCCAAGAUGUCGUAGCAACUGGAGAAGAAAAAGAAGUAAAGUUAUCUGUAGAGGACACUGAACCUGAACCAGCUAAACAGGGGAAUAAUUAUCUGAAGAAGGUCUUUGAAUUCAGAGACAUGGUCAGCUUAAGAAAUAAGUCUAUUGGAAGGUUGGAUUGGAAAAAUUGGGCGCCUGGCUUAAUAAGAACUUGGUGAUAAGUGAUUUGCAUAUCUUGGAAAGCAAAAUAUUCCACUACAGUGCAUGCUUAUCGCAAUGUUUGGUGAUCACUUAGUUUUCAGUGAAAUCGACAUUGUCAUAGGCACACAGUUAACAUACUGAUAUAUCCCCAUUUUUGUAUCUAUUAAUAGUUGUAUGUACAGGUUAAUUUUGAGGAAAGCUAUAAUAUUAAGUAGUUUGGCCUUCUCCAAAUGCAGUAACAACUGGAAUUAAGUUUUUCAGCUAUA